AGAUUUUUUUGAUGAUGUGCAAGGUCCACUACAUAAACCUCCGCUCAGUAAUUUCUGGAGGAGACAAACCUAAACGCAGUCUGCAAGACCCUGCUGAACUGACAGCACCAGAGGGAAGUUUCAUCAUCUAGGCAUCUGCUCUUCUUCAUUUGUUUCUGGGGACACCAGCAAGGAUUGGUGUGGAGACAGCUUUCCAGAUAUUGUGCUUUUUCAAAUUGAAGGUAUGUGAAGGGGCAACCGCUGAGAGAAGCUGCAGCAAGUUAUCCACAACAUCUAGCUAUGAUAUUAAUGACCGGGGCCUCACUCAACAACAGAUUUUCAGUGUAGAUGAAACAGCCUUCCAUUGAAAGAAGAUGCCAUCUAGGACUUUCAUGCAGCUGCUGACUUUAAGUUAAAACCAAUGUGCAUUUACGUUCUGAAAAUCCUGGGGCCCUUAAGAAGUAUGGCUACAGUAUCUUCCACAAUGUUCCUAUUGCAAGGUGCCCAGAUGCUGCAGACACUGGAGAAAUCCUUGAGGAAGAGCCUUCCUGAAUCUUUAAAGGUUUAUGGGACUGUCUUCCAUAUGAACCAGGGAAAUCCAUUCAAGCUGAAGGCCUUAGUGGACAAGUGGCCUGACUUUACAACAGUGGUUAUCCGCCCUCAGGAGGAGGAGAUGAUAGAUGAUUUUGAUCACUACACCAAUACUUACCAAAUCUAUGCCAAGGACCUCAAGAAUUGUGAGGAAUUUCUUGGCUCACCAGAAGUUAUCAACUGGAAACAGCAUUUGCAGAUCCAAAGUACCCAGCCCAGUCUGAAUGACGUGAUACAGAAUGUUGCAACCACUAAAUCCAUCCAAGUCAAGCAGACACAGUGCUUUCUCCAUAUGAUGGCGAAUGAGGUGAAGAAACUGGUUCCUUCCCUGCUGGACGUAAAGCAGUUAUCCCCCAGUGGUGGUAAACCCAAGGCUCUCAACCAAGAGAUGUUUAAACUCUCCUCCCUGGACGUUACCCACGCUCCCUUGGUGAAUAAAUUCUGGCAUUUCGGCGGCAAUGAGAGGAGCCAGAGGUUCAUCGAACGCUGCAUCCGGACUUUCCCCACCUUCUGCCUGCUGGGGCCCGAGGGGACCCCUGUGUCCUGGGACCUGAUGGACCAGACAGGCGAGAUGCGGAUGGCGGGGACCGUGCCUGAGUACCGGAAACAAGGCCUUAUCUCUUACGUCAUCUAUUCCCAGACCCAGGCUCUGCACAAACUCGGCUUCCCCCUGUAUUCGCACACAGACAAGAAUAACAGAAUUAUGCAGCAGAUGUCUUACAAUCUGCACUACAUCCGCCUGCCCUGUGACUGGAACCAGUGGUACUGCGUGCCUCUGUGAGGCAGCCCUGCACGGAAGACCAUGUCAGAUGGGCCUGGGGGGACAGAGGGAGAGAAGAUGCUGUUACGUCUUCUACCACUGCUAAAGAAAUGGCACUAUUUGGGCUCGGGGGAAAGCAGCACGAUGGGUCAGCAAGGCCACCCUCAUCCCUGCACACGCAUUGCAGAUGGGCUUCUAUAGAUUUGUCCAUAGGAAGCAGGCCCAGGUAUUCCUGCAGUGGCCUUCACAUAAGUGAGCACCCCCCACACUUCCAGGGUCUUGGUGAUACUGCUUCAUGAGCUGCAUGUUGGUUGCCUCAGAUCGCUUCUCCUGGACUUCUUACAACAUGGAUUAGCCUUGACAAAUUUUCCAGGGAGCGAUAAUGUUUUCUGGGCAUUAUGAAUUAUUCCUGUUCCUUCCUGUGGCUGUUUCCUUAGUGAUCAGCAAGUGUGUUCUGCUCAUUAGGUUUGCAGAGAUUAUCUUUUCCUCUGAUUGCUACUUUGGAAGUACGUUAAAUAUAUACAAAUACAUAGAGAUGUUAGGUUAAACAUAGUACUCGUGAAAUAGCAGGGAGAGUUAAUAAGAAAGAGACAGGUUAGCCUGUCCUCUCCCCACUCCUGCGCUUUCCUAAACCCACCUGAGCCCCCAAACAAUAAAGAAGAUUUUGUGUUUCACUGUGUAA